CUGCACUACGGGACCCUCCUGGGCAGCAGAGCUUGUGUCCACAUGGCAGCAGCUGCCUGGGCCACUGGGUUCCUCUAUUCUGUGCUGCACACGGCCAAUACAUUUUCACUGCCCCUGUGCAAGGGCAAUGCCCUGGGCCAGUUCUUCUGUGAAAUCCCCCAGAUCCUCAAGCUCUCCUGCUCACACUCCUACCUCAGGGAACUUGGGCUUCUUGUGUUUAGUGUCUGUGUAAUUUCUAUGUGUUUUGUGUUCAUUGUGGUGUCCUAUGUGCAGAUCUUCAUGGCCGUGCUGAGGAUCCCCUCUGAGCAGGGACGGCACAAAGCCUUUUCCACCUGCCUCCCUCACCUGGCCGUGGUCUCCCUGUUUAUCAGCACUGGUUCAUUUGCCAGCCUGAAGCCCCCCUCCAUCUCCUCCCCAUCCCUGGACCUGGUGGUGUCUGUUCUGUACUCAGUGGUGCCUCCAGCAGUGAACCCCCUCAUAUACAGCAUGAGGAACAAGGAGAUCAAGGAUUCAGUGUGGCAACUAAUGAAUGGCUGCUUUCUGAAGCAAUAA